UAGUUUUGCUUUCCUCAUUGGUUGUUUGGCGCUAUUACGGAUAUAAACUUCUUAUUCUAAAGAUAACAUUGUUUUUCAGAUAUUAAUUGCAUUGUUUUAUUGAAAUUUAAAACUGGAGGAAUAUUAGGUAUACACCGAAUAAACAUUGUUUUUCUGAUACUAAUUGUAUUACUUUGAAGAAAUUAAAAACUGGAGGAAUAUUAAGUUUAAUCCGAAAAAAACUUGCGCAACGGACAACAUAACGGAUUGCAGUAAAACUCCAAGAUAUUACGUCACAGUGUUAACCCUGUAAAAAGUUGUUUGAGAAAGUCAGAAAGAUUUCAUCCUACUUGUACAUUACCAUAUAACAAUGAUACAUUUUACAUAUCGCUAUCAGAUGGCGCUCAUAAUAUUCUUAUCAAAGACAAUUUUCGGACAGGUUUGUCAAUCUGGAUCUUUGCGUGUAAGUCCUGAUAAAUCUGGAGAAAGACUGAAUGGAUCUGUUUAUAUAACAUUUCAAAACUAUGGACCAAACAGUUGCUUCGAUGAAUGUAUCCGAAGACCAAGAUGUCAUUCGUUUAAUUACAACAUGGAUUCUUUCCACUGUGAGAUAAAUGAAAAAACAUCACCGGAAGUGUUUGUAUCAGAAUCCGGAUAUGAAUAUGUUUACAUCUCGCCUUAUAGACAGACAUCACGUGAUCCCUGUUCAUCAGAUUGUGCGGAAGGAGAAAUAUGUAUCACUUUGUAUAAAGGAUUGUGUACAUGCUUGGUCGAUGAUGACGACUCGUUUAGAUCUGAGGCGACAACUCAAAUGACUACUGAGAGCGAAACUACCGCUGCAGCAACGACUGGGGUAGACAAAACUACCACUGCAGCAACGACUGAGGUAAAGACAACUCAAUCAGGGGCUACAACUGAGUCCACUACAAACCCGACAUCAGAUUCAAAUGCAACCGCGGUCUCACGAUCGAAGUCAAAUACAACAGAUACUCCAACAACUGAAGCUACUUUAAGUUCAAUAAAAUCAAAGACAACUGAGGGUUUGGAAACAGUAUCAGCUUCUACUGCAGUCCAAGCUACUACUGAACACCAAACUACAACUGAACACCAAACUACAACUGAACAGCAAGCUACCACUGAGCAGCAAUCCAGUGCAAAUGUUAUAUCAACAGAACAGACAACUAACAACAAAAUGACAGAAAAAUCAUCAACCGAUAAUGUGUCGACAAUGACUUUAGAAUCAACGACAACAUAGAAAUCAUGCAUUCAUUUUGGAGACCAAGCUUCAAUAGCUCUGCGAAGCUGUAAACAAUCAAAUUGUAGCAGAAAAUAACGUUAUACGCGUUUUUGAUAUUCUUGAAGAUAUUAACUCUGAGGAAUUAAAUACGAUAUCCAAGAUAAGAAAAUUAUGUAAAACAUCAAACAAUUUCUUGAUUCAUAUUUGUCACGUCAAUGAUUUUUAAAUUUAAAAGUUGACAAAUAAAUAGUGUGAAAAGACGGUACUUUUUUGAAUAUUUACCUUAAUCGUCAUAAAUUUGUAUCUUAAUGUCUAGGUAAUUUGUCUUACUUUAUUGAUUACUAUAAAAACCUAUUUAAUGUAACAAUGAAGAUAUUGCAGUGUUUUAUGUAAAUAUUAAUACAUAUUUCAUUAAUACACUAUUGACUCGGUUCUUAUAGGUUGCACUUCUGUAAAUAUAAACAAAGUAAUUUCCCAUAGGUACUUCUUUUACGGCUAAAUCUGUGCCAUUUUUACUAUGAAGUUUCGUAAAAAAUUAUAUCUUAGAAUUAAAAGUUCAUAUGCACUAAUUUCUAUUUCAAAGGUUAAAACAUAGGGCUGUGUGGCAUAUUUUCAACAUGUAUAUGCCUCGAACUUUUAAGAGUUUUUAACUGAUACUAAAAUUCUGUACUACACCUUCCUUUACUUUGGGUCGUCCUCAGAUUUCAAUUUGACCGCUAUCCAUGUGUAUUUAUACUGGAAAAAUUCCCAAGUUGUGGCUCUAUGAGAUGAAACAUAGAGAUCAUAUCUGCAAACCAGUAGGUAUACAAAACAAAAUAUCUAUGAAUAUUAAUAUAUAUCUCCCUAAAAGAGACGCGGUUUCUAAAACAACUGUAUUUACAAAGUGCAACCUAUAGAAUUGCUAGGUGAAUUAAGUAUAGGGAUGAUUGAAUGUUGUUAUUCUUAGUUUAAUCACCACAAGGUUUUCAAGUAACUGCUUCUCGAAGUUUUUUUUUGUUAGAUUGAUUUUGUUGUAUUGUAAAUUGUGUAAAUAGUGCCAAACAGUUGAAACCACAAGAAGGCGCUUCGCCAUAUAUUUAUGGCAUUAUUAUCUUCAAAAAAAUGCAAUUUGAAUUUGAAACAGAUUUUAUAUAAUAUUAGUGGAAGUUUAUAUUUUUGCACUAUAUUUUUGUGUAUUUAUAUUUUUUUUUACAUUGUGAUUUACUUUUUUCUGUUGUAAAUACAUAAUGAAAACAUGUCGUACUCAAUUUAUAUGAACGAGGGUUGUGUCUGGAUAAAAACUAGGCAAACAUUAUUUUUAUUUAUAUGAAAUUGAUAUCUGAAAUAAAAGACAACCGAAAUAACUAA